AUGUCGAUUUGUGUUCGGUUUUUGUCAUGUUCAUUCACCCGCGAAAAAUCGAAUCACCAUUUCGUCGGUCGCCAUGGCAACUAUACUUGGCCCCGAAGGGACCUUGCUGCAACAGUAGAAGGGGACAUAACACUUGGUGCCCUACACAUGGUGCACGAGAGAAGCGAGGAGCUGACUUGUGGUCCCAUAAUGUCCCAGGGAGGGAUCCAGGCGCUGGAGACUAUGUUGUUCACGCUCGACUACAUCAAUUCAAGCCCGGAGGUGUUGCCAAAUAUAAAGUUGGGCAUGCUGGCCAAGGAUGAUUGUGACAGGGAUAUCUACGGACUCGAACAGGCCGUGGAUUUUAUAAGAGGUUCCAUUGCGAGUAUUGGAGGCUCAGAUUACACCUGCGAUGACGGAUCACUUCCGGACCUCAGUCCAAAAGUCAUUCCCGGGGUCAUUGGGGCGCCCUCUAGCGUCACCUCAAUCCAGGUGGCUAACCUUCUGAAACUCUUCAAAAUACCGCAGGUCAGUUUCUUCAGUACCAGCACCGACCUGAGUAACCGGGAUAGGUUCCCGUACUUCUUGCGUACAAUCCCAUCCGACGUGAACCAGGCCCAGGCGAUAGUGGAGCUGGUCCGUAUGUUUAACUGGUCAUAUGUCUCUGUGGUGUAUGAGGAGUCAAGUUAUGGAAUACAGGGCUUCAAUGAAGUUGAGAAGUUUCUGAAACUACAAGGCAUAUGUAUAGCGAGAACGGAGAAACUUCUAAAGGACUCUGGCGUACCGAGCGAAGAGUUUUAUGACAAAAUUGUGAACAAUCUCAAGGAAUCCAAAAAUGCCAGAGGUGUCAUAAUAUUCGCCUCAGACCAGGAGGUGGGUGAACUAAUGAAGGCCGUGCGGAGAAAAGGGGCCACGGGAAUGUUUUCAUGGAUCGGGAGUGAUGGAUGGGGUGCAAGAGGAUUGGCCUACCUUGAUAAAGAGGCGGAGGUAGAGGGUGCCAUUACCGUUCAGCCGCUUGCGUAUGAGGUUGCUGGGUUUAAGGACUACUUUCUUCAUCUUACGCCGUUCAACAACGACAGGAACCCUUGGUUUGUGGAAUACUGGGAACAACACUUCCAGUGCAAGUUUCCUGGUUCUAGUUGGACCCCAUACAAUAGCAACUACAACACCACGUGUACCGGCACGGAGAGAAUCGACCCAGAGACUUUUAUUAUGGAGGCGCAACUUCAGUUCGUCAGCGAUGCUAUACUGGCUUUUGCUUAUGCCAUUCAUAACAUGCAUGUGAACGUGUGUGGACGUAGUUAUGUAGGUGUGUGUCCGGCUAUGGAUCCUAUAGAUGGCGAACAGUUGAAGAAUUACCUACUGAACGUCAACUUUACAGGGAUGUCCGAGCAGCAUUUCCGAUUCCUGUCAAACGGGGAUGGACCAGCACGCUACAGGAUUCUCAACUUCCGGCAGACGUUUCUGGGGAAAUACGAAUGGAAAACCGUUGGAUACUUCGACAACGGACGUCUAUUUGAUGUAAACUCUUCCAGUCACAUUGCUAUUUUUCUGUAAUACCAAAGAAUACCAGUCCAAGACCUCCGCUUCCAACUAGACGAACCGCAUCACCCUUCAUCUGUUUGCUCACGAACCUGUGGACCCGGAGAGGCGACCUAUCUGCUGGACACCCAGUGUUGCUGGACGUGCGCGAAGUGCCACACAUUCCAGUACCUGCCAACAAUGUAUGAGUGCAAGGACUGUCCAUACGGCUGGGUACCCAACGCAGAUAAAACAAACUGCGUAAUGAUUCCCAUCCUGUACUUGCGUUACGAUGAUGGCAUGGCAAUUGGUGCCAUGGUUUUCUCCGCACUCGGAAUACUUAUGACGGGUUUUGUUACCGUUGCUUUUAUACGAUACAAUGACACCCCUGUAGUCAAAGCGUCUGGGCGGGAACUUAGUUUUGUGCUUCUUUUCGGAAUUUUACUUUGCUACUCAAUGACGUUUAUAUUGGUUCUUAAGCCUACUAACUUCUCAUGCGGUGCUCAAAAAUUCGGAAUUGGAUUGUGCUUUUCAAUAUGCUACUCGGCCAUAUUGACGAAAACAAACAGAAUUGCAAGAAUAUUUAGAGCAGGGAAACGAACAGCAAAGAGACCGAAAUUUAUAAGUCCAAAAUCCCAGCUGGUAAUAUGUGGAGGAAUAGUUGCUUUCCAGAAUGUUGUCGGAGCAAUGUGGAUUUUGCUGAGGCCCCCAGAGCCCAUGAUGUAUUACGCAAACCGGGACGAUCAUCAGCUGGUUUGCAAAGACGCUGUAGGGGGAUACAACAUGAUAGGUUUCACAUACCCCAUCAUCUUAGUUAUAGUGUGUACAAUAUAUGCAAUUAUGACUAGGAAAAUACCAGAAGCAUUUAACGAGUCUAAAUACAUUGGUUUCACGAUGUACACAACGUGUAUCAUUUGGCUAGCAUUUGUGCCCAUCUACUUUUCAACAGCCUAUGACAUUAAGCUCAGAAUAGCCACCAUGUGUUAUUCAAUAAGCCUGAGUGCCACAGUAGCAUUAGUGUGUAUGUUUACGCCAAAGAUGUACGUGAUCCUUACACAUUCAGAUAAGAACGUACGUAAAUCAUUUGCAUCGAACGUGACUCGUACAUAUACGUCGCCGUCAACUGGCACCGCCUCAAGGCCUUGUACGUACACCAGUGUGCCAACACAGAAGACCAAUACAGUUGAGUUGUUAAAACCUGCUAUGAAGAAGAGCGUCUCUAAUAAACUAUCGCCGAGCCAGGAGAGUAGGACUGGCCAAAGCAUCAGCACACAGACGUUGGACAGCAUGGAUGACAUUCUUUCCAGCAAGGAGAUCGCUUUAUAA